AUGCCUACGGCUUUAGAAGCUUCUGGUAUGCUUCUGCAAAUGAGAUUGCUGCUCUGGACAAGGCAGUCUCCCGCGCCGUCGCAGCGUUUUAAGAAGGAGGCUACUACACCGCAGAGGGAAUCAGAAAACUCUGGUGCGCUGGCCUUCCCAUGCACCACCCUUGGCGAGCCCAUCUACAGUGAAGGAGAUCGCGCAGAGGUCGUUGACACCGCAGAUGCCUAUGUCACCCGAAUGACCAAUGCUGCUCUCCGCAAACGAAUGGAGCUCAAGAGCAGCAUCGUGCAAGCACUUCUCGACAGGAUAAUAAGCGAAAGGCUCCAAGACCUCCGCGACUCCGCAACAGCAGAGAUAAAGCAAAAGCUCAACGACAGCGAACUCGAGGAUCGCGUCAAGGCCGCUUUGAAGACGAAGCUCGCUCCCUACGAAGCGUUAAUGGAUGAUUACGAGCGGCUCGCGAGUCGCCUCAUCUAUCACUGCGACACCGCCGAUCAGCUCAGAGUGCGGCGUACGAAGCUCAUGGACGCAGGCGUCAUGCCGCCCACUGCUGCUUCCUGGGUCUCAGAAGAUAUCGGGCUCAUUCAAGGACGUUGCGUUAUCUUGGAUGGCGAUGAGUUCUGA